ACCUCUCAUUAGGGACUGCGUUGCUUGGUGAGCUUUUUGCACUUUCUACUACCUUUGUAGGUACGGUUCCAACUACGGCUUUUCUUCUUCGAUUGCCUUCUGCUUCUUUUUCUUUUAAUCUUCCUCCUUUACUCGUACCGCCUGCGGACAAUGAAUUGUCCGACGAGAGUUCGCCGUCUUGCCCAAUCUAUUGGAUAGACCAAUUGGCCGACUUGCCGCCACAGGUCACUGUUCCCUGUCCGCCAACACGCAAAACACCGUCGAGAGUCGCCUGAUACUUUGAGAUCGCCAACUUGACAAUCUCAGCCGCAUCCUGGUUGCCAAAGGUAAUCUCGUUGCCAUCGCCAUUGACCCGAACUUGGAGGUGGCAGCUAGCAGAUGCAGCAAGCUGCACCUGACCGUCAGAGGCCUUGUAAGUACUAUUUAGGCGUUAGCUGGACCGUUGUCAAGGUGGUGUCUGGGGGCUGGAAGGACUUGCAUGGACCAUUCUUGGCUCUCGCCGGUGGCUUGGAUGGCGUAGCAGUCCAUCUCGGCGGGUGAGUUCCAGAGAGUCUCUCUCACAUCGGCUGUGUAGCUCUGGCAGUUCUUGAUGGCUUCGGCGACGGUGAAGAGACCGAUGAAGGUGAUGGCAAAAUUGGCGAGCUGCAUGGUAGCGGUUGGUGAGAGUUAGAAUUCGAGGAACAAGCUGAACUGAGAUUGACUGAUGGUGAAAGCUGGAUACUGACAGCCAGAUGUUCAGAACUGCUGGUGAGGGAGGUAUAAGUACCACCAGCAUCAAAAAGCAAGCGGCAUUUCGAACCCACCUUCUCCUCCUGUUGAUGGAGUUAUGGCCACCGGCGGUUUGAUGAGCCGCUAUGUAUCCAUACCGGUCGACAGACAAGGUUAUAAUUCUUCACCGGUUUGACGGCGUAUCUGUCCAAGAACCACCUGUCGAGUUCCAGAUCGAAAGCGCAAAACACGACGACACACCUUCCCCUCUUAAAUCAGACAUCCGCCUGAUCUUCGAGACACCAACUCCUACUUCGAUCGUUCUGAUGAAGCUGAACUGCCGACGUGCCACCGUGUCCCCAGCCCAGGGCCCCGUUGUCUCUGGUCUUGACACCGAUUCCGCCCCCGCACCUCGCUGCGAGCAAUCUAUUCGUUAUCUCCCGGGGAUGACAAAGAGUCUUCUGGCGCAAUGCAAUACGCAUGUCUUGGUGCGGGAGGAGGCAAAAGGAAGACCGAUGGCCGCCACCGUGGGAGACAACAUAUAG